AUGGAGACCCUGUUAGUUUACCUGAUGGUACUUGGCAUGGCUGUAAAAGCCCACAAGGUCCAGGUGUGCCCAAAACGCUGUGUCUGCCAGAUGCUUAACCCCAACCUAGCAACCCUCUGCGACAAGAAGGGCCUCCUCUUCGUCCCGCCCGACAUCGACCGUCACACCGUGGAGAUGCGUCUGGGCGACAACUUCGUUACGAGCAUCAAACGACGGGACUUCGCCAACAUGACCAAACUGCAAGACAUGACGUUGUCUCGGAACACCAUCAGCUCCAUUUCGCCUCACGCCUUUAAAGAUCUGGAGAACCUCAGAGCCUUGCAUCUGGACAGCAACCGUCUGACGAGGCUCACCAACGACUCCUUCAGUGGGAUGUCCAAGCUCCAACAUCUCAUUCUCAACAACAAUCAGCUGAUUCACAUCCACAUCGGGGCCUUCAAUGAUCUCACAGCUCUAGAGGAGUUAGAUCUGUCCUACAACAACUUAGAAAGCGCCCCCUGGGUGGCCAUCCAGAGAAUGACCAGCCUCCACACCCUGGGCUUGGACCACAACAUGCUUAGCUACAUUCCUGAGGGAACCUUCUCUAGCCUGCAGAAGCUCAAACGCCUUGACGUCACAUCCAACAAGCUCCAGAAGCUUCCGCCAGACCCAGUGUUCCAACGGGCCGGCGUCUUGGCCACAUCAGGGAGCAUGGGGCCGACGUCAUUUGCGUUGAGUUUUGGGGGGAACCCACUGAGGUGUAACUGUGAGCUGCUGUGGCUGAGGAGGCUGAGGAGGGAGGAUGAUCUGGAGACAUGUGCGGCUCCGCAGCACCUGGCUGGGCGAUACUUCUGGACCGUGUCUGAAGAAGAGUUCCUCUGUGAGCCCCCUCUUAUCACCAGACACUCCCAGGAGCUGCGAGCAUUGGAGGGUCAGAGUGUAUCUCUGCGCUGUAAGGCCAGGGGCGACCCAGACCCCAUCAUCCACUGGAUCGCCCCAGAUGGCCGGCUCAUGUCCAAUUCCUCCCGGGCUGCGGUGCACAGUGAUGGGACCCUGGACAUCCUUAUCAGCACUGUGAAGGACUCAGGCUCCUUCAUCUGUGUUGCCUCCAACCCGGCCGGGGAGUCCCAACAAACUGUUGACCUGGUGAUCGCCAAACUCCCACACAUCACCAACAGUACUGUGGAGAAGGAACAGGACCCAGGUUCUUCUGAUAUCACCACGGUAACGAGGAUGGGUGGUGGUGGGGAAGGCGGAGGAGUGGCGCCACUGGGAAACACAAAGACGAACCAGGAGAAGAAGGUGGUGAUCGCUGAGGCCACGUCUACCUCGGCCCUGGUCAGGUUCAGCUUCCAGAGGAGUAUACCGGGCAUCCGAAUGUUCCAGAUCCAAUACAACGGAACCUACGAUGACUCUCUGGUUUACAGGUGA